CUGUUACCCUAGGUCAGCAAGUCAGACCUCAGCCCUGGGCUUAAAUAUUUCUCCCAUAAGGUUCUUGCCUAAGGCGCCAGCAACCAAAUUAUUUCUUGCUUAGAACAUUAGUACCAUUUCUUGUAACCUAGGUAGGUACCUAAGGAAAGGGCAAUUCACAUACUUCAGCUUCGUUGGCAGGCACGCUACUCCCUUUACACCUGCCUCACGCUAGCCGUGCAUCUUAUGCAUCUCAGCCUCAUCUCAGUGCAUUGUCACUGCCCUCUUUUUCGUACUUUUCCAGAACAUCAGAUUCUUCAAAUACUAACACGAAUUCGGCUACGGCUCAUCGCUGUUGACGACAUAAUAUGACAGAUCUGCCUACCUAGUCAUUCGUCUAUCAAAUAAGCUGAAGGGGUAGUAGCAAUGUGCGACUUACCCCCGCAUACUAACGAUACCAACAUGGCCACGUCCCUGAGCGAACCAACUAGCGGUCAGUCUGACGCGCACAGCGACAAGGAAAUAACCGCUGGAGCAGAUGUCGCAGAGUCAUCGCCUAACUCUGAGCCCAGUGAGCCGGGCGGUGACCAAAAAGCUACCAAUAGCACUCCUAGUGCCGAAGGUGAAGCAGACUCCGCCAACGUAGAAGAGGCUUCCGAUGCUAUUGAUGGAGGGGUUCAGCUUGGUAUUGAACCCGAGGAAAAGAAAAAGAAGAGGAAGAAGAAGCCUAAGAAGAAAGGUGCUGCUGCUCGAAAAAAUGUUACUGGCUUCGAAGAAUUCUAUGCCGAUACUCCUAUAACACCGGCCGAAGCUGCCAAGGAGAAGAAAGAAAUCUAUAACGCGUCACGCUCCUUCUCUGACCGUAUAGAAGAAUGCAUCCAGAGAUACCGAGCUAGCCGCCGAAUGGAUAGCGAACGUCUUAUGCUCUUCAACAAAUAUUUGUGGCUCGGGGGCAUCGACUCAUCUCCACGCCAGUUCACUGGCUUUGCCGAGGACCGCGAGGCUCUUGCCGAGGCAGACGCCGAUGAGAUUCGCCAGAUGACGGCAACUGACUUCAUUGGCGGUAGUGGUACCCGUUUCUACGAUCCUCUAGAGCCUGAGCAUUGGUUCGUUGACUUCGAGGGCAUCGUGAAAUGUUUCCUAUCUAGAAUUGUCCCAAUCAUCUACAUGUACGAUGAGGCAGCUAAUCUCCAAGCUGCGGGCCUCAUCAAGAAUUUCCUCAACUAUGUUCUAAUGCACGACGUUUGCCCCGAAUACACCUUUGAUAUCAUGGCUGCUAGACGAAUCUGCGACGCUGCACCUUAUGAAUUACGCAUGGUGCACGAGCUUAUUCUUUCACUCCCGGGUUCCUUCAAUACUGCUGCGCACUCGCUUUUCUGCGACCGACAGGUAGACAAGCAUGAUGUGCCUGAUCACUAUGAUAAGUUGAUUGCGUUCCGCGUUACAGUCUUCUCAUCAGCACUUGACCAGAAAAUCAAGAAGCGACUUAUGGACUCCGACCCUACUACUAUUCAUGUUGUUAAUACAAAGGAGGAGACUUACGAAGUAGUGGAUAUAAUCCUGCCGCGCCAGCGAGACAUCGUGAUGGUAAAGGAACAGCUAGAGGAAGCUGGCCACUCCGGCAAGGGAAAACCGGCAGGUAUUCUUGUUCUAAAGCCUUCCGUCGUCGACUUCGGCUUCAAUAACUUACCUCGUCCGGAUCAAGUCGACUUCACUAGCGCAGAGUCAGAAGAUUACUUGCUUGAAGACGAUUUACUUGACAAGUUUGACAAGGGAAUGAAGGUCAAGGCCAUUGUAUGCGAGCUCAACAUUGGUGUACGCUUCAUCAAGGCGGUCAAGGACGUUCGCGUCUCUUUUGACUUAUUCUUACCUCAGAUCCUGAUGGAGAACUGGAAGGACCCUGCUCCUAGCACGCGCCCACCUCCAUCAGCCUCUAACCCAAAUGCUGAGGAGAAAGCCAUAGCUGAUGACGACUAGAUGAUACGAGAUCGUGAUAUCGGGCUCAAUGAAACAGUCGAAGGAGCCAAGUGCGCAUAAGAAACCGGAUAAAGGCUUGAACGGAGUUUUAUGUGGGCUCGGAUUAAAGAGCUACUCGGAGAUGUUUUUCAUCGUGGCACAUAGGGCAGAGUGAAGGCCUAGACUAUGAAGUCUCUAAUGUACUAUUUGCUAUACCCGGUAGACUGACAGCCGCAAGGCAAACGAAUUGCAAUGAAUUCCUGAACUGAGAUCUCAGCCUUAACUUGAAAUUGUUAGACCGCAUAUUGCUUUGAUAGACUUUUGCCCCGUGAAAGUUAAGCACUGGCUGGGGGUUGCUCCCUAAUUACUAAACCUAGAGGUAUUCAAAAGCCCUAGAUCUCGAUGGUGUGCGAGCUCUUGGCGCCGUUGCCUCUAACGCGCAACAGCGUAUCGUGGCAUUGGAAAAUUUAGGCCGCCGUGUCUCUUGGCGCGAGUCCGCGCCGCACAGCUUGCCUGAAAAAACCGGGAUGGUUGGCUAUUAUUUCUUGGCCUUUUCUUCGCCAACUGGGCGUGUUAUCCUCCGCGUCGCCCUAAUAUACGCG